AUGCCAGAGCUCUCAAUACACUCCAAGCUGCCCCGGCGGCGCAGUGAACCCCUCUGUGGCUGGAUUAGUGCCAGCAUCUCGCACGAUCACCAGUUCUCGGUGGAUCUCGCGCGUCUCUUCUCUCCCGCUCUCGCGUUGAAGCAUGAUUACGACGAGGAACCACGUGCUCUGUUUACCGUCGCUAUCAGCACUCAUGUCGUAGAUAUAGACAUCAAAAACGACGAUUUCAGCCCGACUCAAUCUCAGCUAGUCGCCUUCGAGUAUACAGCACUCCCACACCUUCCUGCCAAUGCUCAAAUCACGCCCGUGUGA